AUGUCAAUUGUAUCGUUACUAGGAAUUGAAGUUUUGAAUAACCCAGCCAAAUUUACAGACCCAUAUGAAUUUGAAAUUACUUUUGAAUGCUUGGAACCCUUGAAAGAGGAUUUAGAAUGGAAAUUGACAUAUGUUGGGAGUUCGAGAUCCUUGGAUCACGACCAGGAAUUGGAUUCUAUAUUGGUUGGACCUGUACCUGUUGGUAUAAAUAAGUUUUUGUUUCAGGCAGAUCCGCCGUCUCCUGAAUUAAUUCCAGCGAGUGAAUUAGUGAGUGUAACAGUUAUAUUGUUAAGUUGUUCAUACGCAGAUAGAGAGUUUGUAAGGGUUGGAUACUAUGUUAACAAUGAAUAUGACUCUGAAGAAUUAAGAGAAAACCCUCCAGCUAAGGUGCAAGUUGAACAUGUGGUUAGAAAUAUACUCGCCGAGAAACCUAGAGUUACUAGAUUUAAUAUAGUUUGGGAUAAUGAAGAUGGUAAUGCAGAUGAAUAUCCUCCUGAACAACAAGUAGACGAAGAAGAAGAAGAAGAGGAAGAGGAAGAAGAAGAAGAAGAGGAAGAAGAUGAAGGAGUAGAAGGCGAAGAUGGUGAAGAUGGUGAAGAUGGUGAAGAUGGUGAAGAAGGCGAAGACGUUGAAGAAGCAGUGGAGGUCGAGGAAAAUGGAAAUAAAGAAGCCAACAAGGAAGAAGAUAUUGAGGAGGACAUUGAGGAAGAUAUUGAAGAAGAUAUCGAAGAAGAUAUUGAGAUCGAAGAUGAAGAAGAAGCGAAGAAUACUGAUCAAGGUGAAACACCAAUAGAUAAAGUUCAAAGCUAA